AUCUGUAAGGACAGAAAAAUCAUCCAUAGACGGCUCGGUUGUGAUUUGUGAAGCAGAGAGAUGGGGAAGGCUUUCAAAAAAGAAUUUUCACACGAUGAGAGACUCGCAGAAUCACAAGAUAUAAUCGCCAAAUAUCCUGAUCGACUGCCGGUGGUGGUUGAAAGAUAUUCAAAGACUGACCUCCCUGAGAUGGAAAAGAAGAAAUACCUGGUACCCCGUGAUAUGUCCGUUGGCCAAUUUAUCCACAUUCUGAGUGGCAGACUCCAUCUGGCUCCUGGGAAAGCUCUCUACAUGUUUGUGAAUAACACCUUGCCUCACACAACAAGCUUGAUGGAGACUGUGUAUGAUUCUUUCAAGGAUAAAGAUGGGUUCCUCUACAUGUGCUACAGCAGUGAGAAAACCUUUGGUCGUGCAAAUAGUUGAGCAUAUUGUCACUCUUAGAAAGUGUACAUUGUGAACUAAAAUAUGUAAAUGGUAUCUGUAUUGCAUGUCUGGCAUGCAUGGUUCUUCUUCCUGUAAAUUCUUGCACUGGAAUGUCCAUACUCUCAACUGAAAGGGGUUAGGCUAUUGCCUUGAAUAGUUGAGAAACAGUGGUCGUAGUUGGAGAUAAAUCAUCCUAAUCUGUUGAUUUUGUU